AUGGCCCCCGACCAGGAUUUGAACAGAAUUGCAAGUUUGAAAAAUGUCUGCGCCACAACGUCCACACUGCUGUGCAUCCUGAUGCUUGUCUACGUCAGUGAAGGCCCCUAUCGCCCUCAAAAUCGCUACAAGCACACACCGAAAAAUCUACAAGUAAAUAUAGAAGAUGAAGAUGACAACUUCACUCAAGAAGAACCCUUAGCUCCAAAAUGUGAACAAAAUGUCACAAUGGCAAAGGUCUCAGGCUUUAACUCACUUUCUCCUCAGAUUCAAACGUUCCUUUACUAUCGUCACUGUCGCAGUUUCCCUGUGAUACUUGACCUCCCUCACAAAUGUGGACGAGCGCAUGAUCCUGAAGACAUCUUCCUUUUGCUAGUAAUUAAAAGUCCACCAAAGAACUAUGAGCACCGAGAGGUGCUACGUAAGACCUGGGCUAAAGAGAGGACGCACAACGGGAAGUGGAUCCGGACCAUCUUCAUCACAGGAACAGUUGGUUCUGGGUUUGAGAAAGAGCGAAUGAACAAACUUCUGGAACUGGAACAUCAACGGUACAACGACAUCCUCCAGUGGGACUUCAAUGAAUCCUUUUUCAACCUCACUCUGAAGCAGAUUCUCUUCCUCGAGUGGAUGGACAGACGCUGUCGACACGUCAGAUUCCUGAUGAACGGUGACGAUGAUGUCUUCGCCCACACGGAAAACAUGGUGGAGUAUCUUCAAAGCCUCAAGGACAAUGAUGGGAGCAAGCACCUCUUCACUGGACACUUGAUCAAAGAUGCACCUCCUAUUAGAAAUCCUGACAGCAAGUAUUAUAUUCCACCUCAAGUGCAUGAGCAAAACCCAUACCCCGCUUACUGUGGUGGUGGUGGUUACCUUCUGUCUGGACACACAGCUUCAGUCAUUUACAACAUGUCUAAGUCCAUUGAAAUUUAUCCUAUUGAUGAUGUUUAUAUGGGAAUGUGUUUGGCCUCAGCACAUCUUGAACCUGGCAGUCAUAUGGGUGUGAAAACACUUGUAUGGUACAUCCCAUCUGCAAAACUUGAUAAGCAUGACCCUUGUUACAUGAAGGAACUCCUCCUGGUUCACAAAUUUUCUCCAGCCAAUUUAUAUAUCAUGUGGCACGAAGUGCACAACCCCAAACUACAGUGUGGUCUCAGCACAUUAAGCAAAACAAAACAAGGUAUAGCACAAAAUGCUCAUGAAUGA